ACAGCCCAUCCAUUAGGUACAGUGCCCAUCAGUGGCUCUAGCCUAUGGCUACAUGUGGUCAAGGAUGUGGUGACUUAUAGGAAACUCCGCUUCAGAGUGGCCGGCGUCAACAUCACCAGUCAGGCUCAUCUGGUCCGAGGCACGUUGGGUGGAGAGGCCCUCCUCUCCGUCAGCUACACCAGCACUAGCUCUGACCAACCGGUCAUCAAGUGGCAGCUGAAGAGGGACAAGCAGCAGCCCAUCACCGUAGUCCAGUCCAUAGGCACCAGCAUCAUCGGGAACCUGCGGCCCGAGUACAGGGACCGCAUCAUGGUGUUUGAAAACGGCACCUUGCUCCUCCACAACCUGCAGCUGUCUGACGAGGGGGCCUACGAAGUGGAGAUCUCCAUCACAGACGAUCCCUUCACUGCGGAGCGCAACAUCAACCUCACCGUAGAUGUACCUGUGUCCAGACCCUUCGUCCAAAUGAUAGCCUCCUCGGUGCUGGAGUUGAGUGAACUCUUCACCUUACACUGUUCCCACGGCGAUGGCACCAAGCCCACCUAUGGCUGGCUGAAAGGGGGAAAUGUGCUGACCAAUGACUCCCGCUUGCUCCUGUCACAUGACAUGAAGUAUCUGACCAUCGCCCGGGUGCUGAUGUCAGACGAUGACUUCUACAGCUGUACAGUGGAGAACCCAAUAAGCAGCAUGAGGAGUGUGCCCGUCAAACUCACCGUCUACAGACGGAGUUCCCUGUAUAUCAUCCUCACCACCGGGGGCAUUUUCCUCCUCAUCACCCUGGUGACAGUGUGCGCCUGCUGGAAGCCCUCCAGAAAGAAGAAGCGGCGGGCUGCCAUGGCAGCCGCGUUGCAGAGAUCUCCGGUAUAUGUAGAGCGUUGUGACGUCAGGCGUGACGUCAGUCACGAGGUUGAUGUGGUGCCAACAACAAUAGCCCAUGGAACACCUGGCCGUAGGAGCCCAAUGGCUCUUUACGUUCUCAAUGAAGAUGACAGUCUCAAAAGUGAGGACGAGUAUUCAGCCAACUCCAUCAGCCUCUCAGUCCUCGCCCCGCCCGGUUACCCCAGCCCCCUCCCACUGUCCUCCCACUCACCCGAGGCACCCACUCGGCCUGUCCGAAAAUAUCCCCAUACCCCUGUGCCCUCGCCCCCUACCACCCCACUCAGGCCCCCUGGCCAGCCACCUGUCAUGCCCUCAACUCCGCCUGGUUCACCUCCACAUGUUCAGAGCUCUGGGCAUAAACUUCGCCCUCCUGUGGGCAUCCCCUCCAAUCGACAGACAGAGGAGCCCCCGGCCAUCCCAGAGGCCGACGACCAGGAUUAAUGUCUGAAUGACCACCCCCACUCACCUAUCACUGCUUCACCUGUAGAAUUCAUCCACAUCUAUCCAUGGACAUGUGUGCAUUAUCUUGUCUGUUUAGUUGAGUUUUGGUGUAAAGAUAUUUGUUACACCAGGAUCAACUGCUCUGAUCAUGGUUUUCCUAUACCCCUGGAUACGUUGUUCAUUUUCCCCACCAAGGUUUAAAAACAUGAAACAUCGUUCAUACUGCACAACGCCGCUGUGAGAUUGCUUCAGGUGUGAAUCAACUUGGACCAAUGGCCUCCAUGUAGCCUGACUCUAGAUCACUUUGUGCUUUAGCCAACUCCUCUCUGCUGUGGUGACGAUGAUAGUCAGAACACAUACAGAUCUGGGACCAGGCUAACCCCCGUGGCUAUUCUGAUGAACUCAUGUAACAUCUCCACACACCUUUCUAGUACAGUAUCCACCAAUAAUUUUUGGGGGGCAAGCAAUGUAUGGCAGUUGCCACAUGGUAAGGAGCAAGGGGGAUGUAAAUGGCCACAGUCAAUUUACACUGGGAUCUGAAUAUGUUAUUACUUGAAAGUUAAGGUAAUGAUAAUGCGUGGAGUGCAAUUUCAAAUCAAAUUUUAUUUGUCACAAAUUUGUUUGAUUUGCUACUUCCAGUAGAGGUAAUGGGGAAGGGCGUCACAAAGAAACUGACAACAUAAGCCUUGGACUCAUAAUGUACAUAUGUCAAUAGUGUAUGUAAUGUUCUUAGAAUUGUUUUGGGGACCUUUUACCUCCAAAUACAUUUUUUCAAAAUAACAUUUAAUCCUAAAACCGUCUUUCUAGUCCAUGUUUCAAAAUGAAGUAUGCCCUUUUAUAACCUCAAAAAUCAAACAAUAAAUGCUAUGUUGG